AAACUGGAGUAGAAAACCCCAAAAAAUGAAAUUUUCAAAAAACGCAGCUUUUACACCAAGCAGCAUCCCUCCAUGACUCCAUCCGACCCCACUUUCUCCUCGAUCCCUGUAAUAAAAUAACAUCCUCACUCUCUCUCCUCUUCUUACACUACCAGUAAUAAUAAAGACAAAAUCUUUAAAAAAUAAAGACAAAAUAUUUUAGAGAGAGAAAAACAAAUACACUGUUUCUGCCACCUGCACUCUUCCACCUUCCCUUCCCCACUUCACUACAUCACCAACAAAAUCAAUCCAUCAAAUAUAACCCAUUAUUUUAACAUUUUUUAGAGAGAGAAACCAAAAUUUAAGAGAGAGAAAAUAGAAAGAAGGCGCAAUUUUUCAGACACAUUCAGUUUUGCCAAAUUUUCGCAAUUCCUUCAAAAUUCCGCGCCUCUUCAUCUUCUCUCUCUUUACUUCACUCUUUUCCAUACUCUCUUUCUCUCUCUUUCUUCCUCUGCUUCUUCGCCUACCUUUCUCUCUCCUCUUUUUUCCCCCUAACUUUCUCCGAUUCUUCAUCAAACCCUAAAUCAUUUUUUUUUUAAGAAUCUCAUCAUUUUCCUGCUAUUACAACAAUUUGUUACUCUAAUGGCGGAAAUGGAGGUAGAGAUGAUAGAGAAGAAGGUGGAGGAGGAAGAGAAGAAGGUGGAUGAAGGGAGGAGGAAAAGUGAUAGGACACGAGGAAAGCGAGUGUUGUACAAUGAAAAUUUUUUGGCGAAAAUUGAGGAAGUGAGUCCGAAGAAGAAGAGGAAGAAUCAGCGGAGUAAUGGUGGUCGGAAGUCGGCGAAGGUGUCGGCAGUGAUAAGGGAGAAUGAGGGAACAGAGAUGGAGAUCAUGAGGGGUAUGAUCGGUCACGGUACCGAUCCCGGGAAUGGGUUGAUAGAUUUAGGGUUGAAAUUAGAGGAGGUUCAAAAGGAUGGUAAUGGGGUUGAAGUGGAGAAGAGUGAUCAUUACAAAGUCAAGGAGACUCUUAGAAUUUUCAACAACUAUUACCUGCAUCUUAUUCAGGAAGAGGAGAAUAGAUGCAAGCUGUUUGAAGCAGAAAAGAAGAAGAAGGGUGUAGUGGACAAAAGAGUACCUCAUAAACGUCCAGAUCUUAAGGCAAUUACCAAGAUGUCAGAUACUGGUAAAGUGUUGUAUCCCAUCAAGCAGUUUGGGGCUAUUCCUGGUGUUGAUGUUGGCCAUCAGUUCUUUUCACGGGCAGAAAUGGUUGCAGUAGGUUUCCACAGUCACUGGCUUAAUGGAAUAGAUUAUAUGGGCGUCUCAUAUUGCAAUGGGGAAUAUAGCAGAUAUACCUUUCCUAUUGCUGUUGCUAUUGUCCUUUCAGGCCAAUAUGAGGAUGAUUUAGACAAUUCAGAGGAUAUUGUCUACACAGGUCAAGGUGGAAACAAUCUACUAGGUGAUAAGAAGCAGAAUAAAGAUCAGAAAAUGUUGCGCGGCAAUCUAGCACUGAAGAAUAGUAUGGAGCAGGGACUGCCUGUGCGAGUUGUUCGUGGUCACUCUUCUAAAAGCAGUUAUGUUGGAAAAGUGUACACAUAUGAUGGUUUGUAUCAGGUUGUGAAUUAUUGGGCAGAGAAAGGCAUCUCUGGUUAUACUGUUUAUAAGUUUCGCUUGAAGCGGCUUGAAGGCCAGCCUGAGUUGACUACCACCCAGGUUCAAUUUAUCCGAGGACGUAUUCCUGAUUCUGUUUCUGAAGUUCGAGGGUUGGUUUGUGAGGAUAUAUCUGGAGGUCAGGAGAAUAUUCCUAUUCCUGCAACAAAUUUAGUUGAUGAUCCUCCUGUACCACCUACUGGUUUCAAAUACUUCAAAUCUAUCCAAGUUGCGGAUAAUGUUAAAAUUCCUCCCCCUACUCGUGGAUGUGAUUGCAUCGAUGGUUGCACCAAUCCUAAUAUAUGUGCUUGUGCUCGGCUUAAUGGUUCAGACUUCCCAUAUGUUCAUAGGGAUGGUGGCAGGCUCAUUGAAGCAAAGGCUGUUGUGUUCGAGUGUGGCCCAAAGUGUGGCUGUGGUCCUUCUUGCAUCAACCGUGUUUCCCAGAAAGGCUUGAGAUACCGCUUUGAGGUUUUCCGUACGCCAAAGAAGGGUUGGGGUGUGAGGUCGUGGGACUACAUACCAGCUGGUGCCCCAAUAUGUGAAUAUACCGGAAUUCUGAAGAGAUCGGAUGAGGGUGACAGUGUUUUGGAAAACAAUUUCAUCUUCGACAUAGAUUGCCUUCAAACCAUGAAGGGACUUGAUGGGAGACAGAUGAGAUUGCGAGACGUGUCUAUCCCUGCUGAAAGUGCUCAUGAGAAACCUGAGGAGAAGGUUGUUGAUAGUAUGGUGGAGUUCUGCAUUGAUGCUGGUGUCACAGGAAAUCUAGCCAGGUUUAUCAAUCAUAGUUGCGAACCAAACCUCUUUGUACAAUGUGUGUUGAGUUCGCAUCAUGACAUCAAAUUGGCUAGGGUGAUGCUCUUUGCUGCUGACAACAUACCACCUCUACAAGAGCUUACAUAUGACUAUGGCUAUGCGCUUGACAGUGUCAUUGGCCCUGAUGGGAAGGUAAAGCAGAUGGCUUGCUAUUGUGGUGCUGAGGGUUGUCGCAAGCGACUUUUUUAAGCUGCUAAUUGGCUUCAGCAACCAGUUUUUUGUCAGUCGGUUACUGCUGGACAGUGUUUGAAUUUGUGAAUGUGAUAGAAUGCUGUAUAGAAUGCUAACAGUUAGGUGUAUUCUUUUUGCUCUUAUGAGAAAACUGAGGGCUCGAAUCCAGCCUCGAGUUUAUAGAUAUGAAAUACUGUCUGAGGUUGUGGUGCUUAAAAAUAGAAGAGUAUAGGGGCCAAAUUUUUGUAAGAUACAAUAUAUUAGAACUGAUAUUAGAAAGAAAUGUAGUUAAGGCGAUGGUCAAAGUUUUUUGCUUUCA